AGACAUGGCAGCGGCUAUCGCGAGCGGUUUGAUCCGGCAGAAGCGUCAGGCGCGUGAGCAGCACCUGCACCGACCGGCCACUCACAGACGCAGGAAAAGCCCGAAUAAAAGCAAAGGGCUCUGCAACAGCAACCUGGUGGACAUUUUCUCCAAAGUGCGAAUCUUCGGGCUCAAAAAGAGGAGACUACGGAGACAAGAUCCCCAGCUCAAGGGCAUUGUGACCAGGUUAUACUGCAGGCAAGGUUACUACUUGCAGAUGAGCCCAGAUGGAUGUUUGGACGGGACCAAAGAUGACAGCACUAACUCCUCGCUGUUUAACCUCAUUCCAGUGGGCCUUCGAGUCGUUGCCAUCCAGUCGGUGAAAACGGGGUUAUACAUCGCCAUGAAUGGAGAGGGCCAUCUGUACACAUCAGAGCUUUUCACACCUGAAUGCAAGUUUAAAGAGUCGGUUUUUGAGAACUAUUACGUCAUUUACUCAUCCAUGCUCUACAGACAGCAGGAGUCGGGUCGAGCGUGGUACCUGGGCCUAAACAAAGAAGGACAGCCCAUGAAGGGGAACCGGGUGAAAAAAACCAAACCAGCUGCGCACUUUCUUCCCAAGCCUAUAGAAGUCGCCAUGUAUCGCGAGCCUUCGUUGCAUGACGUGGGCGAGACGGUCCCCAAGGCUAAAGUCCCUGCCAGCAAAAGCACAGAGCCGGUGGUCAUGAACGGUGGCAAGCCUGUCAGUAAGCCUGACAAGGAGACAUAG